GUUUAUUUAUUUAACCCAAUAAAGUGUAAUUGAAGUUCCACACAGUCAUCUAGAUACUUAAGCAUCCCACAUGGUUAGACUCCAAAUUGCAAUUGAGCAACUAAUGUUUAUUCUGCGAUAUCUGUGCAACAAACAGCAACUUAAUAUAAGCCUAGUUGCCAUGGUGUAAAGCUGGCCAUACAUUAUAAGUACUGCUUUCUUGGCAAAGUGGGGAAUAUCGGACUAAUUUUGAUCAUUUGGUCACAACAAUGGGGAUACAACAUUUGAUUCAGUGCAGUCCUAGAUCCAGUGGAAUAUCAAAUCUGCCAGAUUUUUGCCCAGAUAUCAGUUGGGUAUGUCUGUUGGAGGGCCUCAUACACAAGCAGAUAAGCUUCUGAAUCGAUCUGAAGGGGCCAAAUCUGGCUGAUGUUUGGCCACCUUAACACUGAUGCAAGUGUCUAGCAAUGGGGUUGAUUUGUUGACCCAGCUAAGAUAUUACCAAUAGAGAUAAAUAGAUAACUUUCUUUAGAGGUCAAAUUUCAACUGCAGUAAUAUUUUUAAGAUCUUUGUAGAUCAUCUAAGCCAGGGCAACACUGUCAGCUGUUACUCAUAGGCAUAAAUUUAAAAAUACAGACUACAUGAAAAACAAGUGCCUUGGGGUGAAAUUGCUACAGACAAUAUCAAUGAACAAAUCAUUUUCAGAUAAAGUCAGCCAAAAAGUAUGGCUGCUAAAAAAUACAUUUAUAUCAUACAUUUUUUAAUGUUUCCUCUACAGUUUUGUCACUGCCCACCCACAACCAGUGGCUUGUUCCUAUGAGCAGAUGUCUAUUUAGCUUUCACUUUCUGGAAAUCUAAGAGGCAACAAACACAGUUGCUAUACAUAUAACAUUCAAAUAUAUCUAACAAUAGCUUUUGAAAAACAUUGCUUUUUGAAAAAGUUUAUGGCAGAGGACUAAAACAAACAAACUGUAUUCUUAAAUUAUCAUCUGUUAUACAUAAUAUGAAAAAAACCUAUCUUUUAAAAAAAAGGAACCUCUUUUUUAACUUGUCAUAUUUCCAUUUUUGAGCAAUCAGGAUAUUGAGGUGGAUGUGGAUAAUGUCUGCACUAUUUUAGACUAAAAAGAAAUUGAGAAAUGUGAGGAAGUUCUACAACCCACCCAAAAGGUAUAUAUUUAAGCUUUUCGCAGAAGGUCCAUUAAGUUAUUUUCUUCGGCGCGUUUUAAUAGCAAGACAUUGAGUAUCAAGCAGGCAAGAAGCAGCAUUUCAUGUACUUGAAGAUGCGGCAUGUUGUUGUGAUCAGCAUGUGUGUUUUGCAGACAAUGGCUUUUGUUGUUCAACAAUCUGGAAAAGAAGAAAAGUGUCCAGAACAGAUUACGCAUUUUAUGGGACACUAUGUUUUGAAUGGAGAGCCAGUGGUCAUCAAGUGCCCAGCCUUCCAGUAUCUGCAAAUGGAUUUAUCUAGAGUCUCUCCCUCCUCUUUUAAUAUUGCUUGGACCAAAAAUGCUUCUGAGUAUCUCUAUGCUGGAAGGCAGUCAAGAAUUCAUCCAAAAAAAGAGUCAUUGUGGUUUUUUCCAGCAUUAAUUGAAGAUACUGGCUUGUAUUCAUGCAUUGUAAGGAAUUCAUCACUCUGUACUGAACUAACUUUGUCUCUUACUGUUAUGAAACAAGAAGAGGUCCAUGUCCCUGACAUUGCAUAUGAACAACUUGCAUUUGAGCAUUCACAGUUUCAGAUGUUUUGCCCUGACUUAAGUGACUUUACUAUAAACCGCACUGAUGUGCAGUUACAGUGGUACAAGGAUGGAAAGCUUUUGGAAAAUGACAUCAAAUACAUGUACUCCAGUGGUACAACCUAUAUGCACAUUAUCGACAUUGUGAAGAAUGAUGGUGGAUAUUAUACAUGCAAACUCCAAUUUACCCAUGAGAACAAGGAAUAUGUUGUUUCCAGAAUAAUACACCUCAGGAUUGUAGGUAAAGACAAAAGACAUUAUCCUGUUAUUCAGUACCCAAAUCACAAGCCAAUUGCUGCAGCAAUAGGUUCCAAGCUGCUGAUUCCAUGUAAAGUGUACAUUGGUAAUGGUGGAAAUAAUCCGAUUGUUUGGUGGCUGGCAAAUGAUUCCUACAUUGAUGAAUUCUUUGGUGAUGGCCGUGUAAUAGAGGGAACAUUUCAAGAAAGAACAGAAUCUGAUGGCCAUUACAUUGACGUCUCUUUGAUUUUCGAGAAUGUUAAGGAAGAAGAUUUUAACACUGAAUUUAAGUGUAUAGCCAGCAAUGAUUAUGGAUCCCAGGUGCUUCCUACUCACAUAAGACGAGCAGCAUCCCCUUUUACUUGGUACAUUCCAGUCGCUCCAGCAGUGUUGGUUUUGCUGAUCAUAGCAGUGAUUGUCAUAUACAAAUACAGGAAGGCUGCAAAUAAGAAAGAAUAUUCUCUGACCAAGUCAUGAAUGGAACUGUGACUUGAACAUUUUUCCAGGAACCAAUUAGAAGACCAGAAAAGUGCUGCUAAUUAUGCUUGGUAAAAUGCUCUACUUUAAUUGAUCCAUUUUGGAAGAAAAUGGUGCCUUAAAAAAGUCAAAUGAAAUGUAUCACGUACUCACCCAUAUCUAGUAAAGGGUACAUUUGCCCAGGUGCAGUAACCGAUGGAAUUCAGUUGAAUAUCUUUUUUUUAAACAGGUGAUCCCAAAAUGCUUCCUGUUUAUGCCUUCUAUUGGUGACUAGACCUGUAGCAAAUUUUUCACCUUUUAUUUCAUAACCCAAAUGUUUAAAGUGUGAAUAUACUGUAUGUAUAAUUGUAGUUUUAUAUGUGCUGCAUGUUUAUCUGUAUUUCUAGAUCUUUAUUUAAGCAUGUAAAGGAAAGACAACUAAAGGUAAUUUUUAGGUUCAUAUGUCUCCAUGCCCAACAAUGGAUUGAAGGCAGAUAAGCACAAUGUGGGUAUAUUUAACUGUGUUGCUAUGCUGUCAGAAUUAUCCCAGUGAUGCUGUUUUGGUGCUAAUGACUAAUGAUUUGAAGCAAGUUUAUUUUUCUUUCAAAUUCUUUCAUUGGGUUUAACGUUAAACAAGCUGAUUGUUUGACAGAAUAUUUAGCAUGAUUUCCAUAUUAUGUAACAUGGAGCAUUUUAACUUAACAAUUAAAAGCAAGGGGUAACAAUCACUUAAGCCAGUUCUCAGCUCAACUUUUAAUAAAGAGAAUGUAUAAUAAAAGUAAUUUUAUAUGAAUGGGUUUUAUAUCCUCAAAACCAUACAAACUAUACUAUCAGUCUGUUUCCCAUAAAUGUAUGAAAUAGUUGUCUCCUAUUGUUAUCCAACAUCUUCAAAUACAUUUUCCAUUUUUUCCUGGAA